AUGGCAACUUAUACUGGCGACGACGAAGAGAUUGAGGGAGCCAUCGCCGGAAUUUUGUCGAUGACCCCAGGAAUGGCCGUUCGGAAUAUCAAUUUUCGAGAUUUUCCGUUGUCGACAAGCUCCCCUGAUUUCGCUUUGCUCUUGAAUCGCAUCGCAAGGUCAGAGUACACGUCGACGUGGUUCCAAGCCGACGACUUGCAUCCGGCAUUGAUACUCGGCAAACGAGCUGCUAGCUCGUAUUCAAGUGGUCCAACCCACCCAGAUUUGCAGAUUCUCUUCGACUCGGAUAAUGAUCUCGCUGAUCUUGCGCGACUCGUUGAGCCGCAUUUGAAUGCUCACGUACUAAACUGGCGUAUCCUGUGCGAGCAGGACCCAAAUGCUCAUCGUACUCACCUUCCUCCUUGGUUGAUGUCAUUCGGGCUGCUUUAUCAUGGCGAUAUGAACGGCCACCUUUCCAUAGUUGCCCAUAUCCCUCACCUUGAUGAAACCGUACAGCCUCUCGAUGCCGUCUCCGAGUCUCCUUCUUAUUCGUUCGUCUCUUGUGUCGUCGACACCAUACCCCUACCUGGCAUUGCCUCCGAAUCGAACAUAGAAGAUCAUCCAUCUUCGCCCGAAUCGCCGUAUCUCGCCAAUUUCAGGGCUGCUAUCGCUCUGCUGACUUUAAAGCGACAUGCACUCGUCGCUUCAGACGCAUGGGAGAAGGUCAUACGCUCACAGUCGAUCGAGGAUGCUAUCGCUGAAGAUGAGCUUAUUCACUUCGGGUCUAUAGGUCCCGCCUCGGAGAACGAGAGGGAAGACCCUUACGCUGUUGUAUUAGAUUACGAAGACGAGGAGGAGUGUGAGGACGAUGAGGAAUAUGAGGAAUAUGAGAACACGGAAUUGGAGGUUAUUGAAAUGGAGGCGGUGGAACUGGACGAGGGUACGAGAGAGCGUGUUAUUCUAUGGAUGGAGAGCUUGUGUCCGAACCUGGAUUUACUAGAUGGAGAAUCGACACUAUCGGAGGAUCGGAAGAUUUCACUGAGCCUUUAUCAAUCCGAGGCGUUCAAUAUUGGGCUUCUCCAAGAGGUGAUCAAGGCUUGGCCGCUACAUCUCCGAGAUCUCGAUGAAAGGCCGCCAUCUCCUUGA